AUGAACCCCCCAGCUCCCGUCAAGGCGGCGCCCUUGCCUCGCCCAUACCGCGACUUCCUCACUCCUUCUCUGCACCGGAGGUUUACCAGUGCUGCUCUGAUCGGUCUUGCAGCAUGCUGGCUCGCUUCCAUCCCCAUGGCUAGUUCUGGCCUCUUCUGGUCCUGGUUCCCUCUCGGUCCUGCUGGUGUCCGCGCCCUCUUCCUCUUCAUCUCGUCACUCUCCAUCUUUGUCCUCCGAGUCGCUCAACUCCACUUUGGCCCACGAACAACAAUCUCGACCUUUGAGUCCUUCUGGAACUUUGUUCUAUCCAAGAACACCUUCCUGACUUGCUUCUGGUACUCUCUCUCGGCCUUUGUCUUUUCAGAACUCUACAUUUUCACCACAGCAAAGAAUGCCAAUCUUGCAUGGAUUGAUCCUGGCAGAUCAUACGAACGUCCAAAGUUGAAUGAGCGUCCCAUCCUCCUUCGCUCUCAGUUCCUUUUCCUCGCCCUGGCCCAAUCCGCUAUUCAUCUUUACAAGGACUACGACUUGAUUCGUCUACCGCAGUCUCCUUCCAAGGACUCGCCUGUCGUGCAGUUGAAGAAUGAGCUCCAGAAUAUUGUCGCCCACACCGCAAAGCUCGUCAGCUUAACCUGCUUGUUCGGUCCUUUCGUCUACUUUGCAGUCUGGAGAAACCUUGCCUGGGCCCUAGCCUUCAAGGUUGGACGUACCCUGUUCUUCCUGCCUAAGUCUACCAGACCCGCUGGUCUCACCGACCCAAUGUCUCUCAUUGCUCGCUUUGUCUGGUCUUCAACGCUUCUGGUCGCCUUAUGGGAGCUUUCCAACCGCGCCUUUACCAUCUACACCGCCCAAGAACCUGUCAAGAAGGACAAGCCUCUGACUGCCGAUUCAAAGGAUCCAAACGGUAGCUUGAUUGCUGGGUUGAAGGCGAAGAAGGAGAUUCCUAAGACCAUGGCCUUUUGGGAGCUGGCCAUGAUCACACAAAAGUUCGAUGCUCGCAGGAAGACUCUGUUCGGUGAGCUCGAUAGAAAAGGUGGUUCUACCUGGUCUCAGGUUUCCGGCAUCUGUCUGGUUGAAAUUCAAUCCGUCAUUCAGCGUAUUCAGGACUCGCAGGGUGCCGUUGCUCAUACGCCCGAGCAACCCCCAAAGCCACUUCAAACCCUCCCAAAAAUCUCCUCGCGGCCCGUCAAAGAGGACGCUAUCUUCAGAGCACCGGCCCCGCCCUCGACUGGUCUGCAGGCUUUCGAAAAUUCUGUCGGCUUAGUCGCCAGGUCAUACGGCCAAUCUCACGGUGCGACAAAUCCCAUCAGUCCCCGAGCACAGAAACUGCUCGGGUAUGGUGCCGAUCGCAUCUUGACCAAGGAACAGCAGGAACAGCUGGGUCGCGCUGGUAUGGUCAAUAAUGCCAAUGGCUUGAUUUCUUGGUUCAUCGGCACACCUCUCGGCAUGCCCUUCCGUCAGCCUUUUGCCCGUCGCGUGAACGCUGUCGUAUUUGGAGUGCCUUUUAGUACCGGCGCCAUUCUUACCAACGCUGUUCGUGCUAUUUGUGGUCUUGCCGUGUCGAGUCUGAAGGAAGACAACCUCGGACAGGUGCAGAAGGACAUUUCAACCAUUGUGCGCACUCUUAUCAUCACAACUCAACAGAUUCAAUUCUUCGUCCAAAACUUGCCGCCUCACUGGACGGACAGGUAUUUCAACGGCAACCGUCAAGUCGCAGAGGUUGAAGAAUUGCUGGCAGUCUUGCGUGAUGGCUUGCAUGAAAUUGUCGUCACGUUUGGCGAGUAUGCAGGUAACCUAGGACUCUCCAAGUCAGAAAUGAUGAUUGCUAGAGAUCUGGCAGGUGGAGGUCCCGAGAUGGAAUCUGUCAAAUAA